AAAAUCCGGAACAACUAUUAUGGUAUUAUUAUUAUUAUUUUUAUCGCUGUUGUGUACAAACAACGCACAUGGAGGUGUAGCGGUGACAUUCGAUUUUGUUUUGACCACACGUGUUGGCGUGUCGAGUCAACGAAAAACAGCUACGAUAACAAUAGAAGUAUAAACAAGCCGUGGGCCUGUAAUGAAUUCAAUCGCGAUAUUGUUUCAAAACAGGCAGCAAAAUAAAGAAACUUUCGAUUGAUCAAUCAGGUAUUUGGUAACAGCGUCAAGCACUUGGGUGUAUACGUUCGACCAGAGGUUGUUCAAUGUGAUUAUUUUGAAGGAAUUUUCGCUUUUCGAAUUACAUUUCAGGUAAUGGCUCGUGGAUUCCGUUUAUAGCCAAUAACUACCAUAUAAAUAGGUACAGGUUUUUGCGAAGUCAUUGAGUAGAUACGACUUGCGAGAUGAAUCGAUUCGAUGGUGAAACACCCAUAUGUCCGGACUCUAAAUGGUCUUCAAUGCUUUUGAAUGGCCUCAACGUCACUUAUAUCGUAGUUGUUAUGAAUCACAUAAUCGUUGGUCAGUUAAUACAACCACGCUGCCCGUAAAAGGCGACGGAAUACGUUACAAUGCGACACAUUAUUAUGGUUGUCGUUUUUAAUGGAAUCCGAUCCUUUGUAGCGAAAAAAUGGUUUUUCAUUGGCUUCGUCAAUACAAACUCAACGGUCAGAUGAUAAUUUGACAAUUGUCGAAUUUAAAAACCUAAAUUGCUUCCAAAAAGGUCCAAUUCAAUUUUUGGUAUAGAUGACACUCUUAAAUUCAAGUUUACGGGUUUUUUCUUUUAUUAUACUUAUCAUGGCCAAGGACGAAUUAUAUUAUUCGUAUAUUCAAAAACAUUACGGAACAUUUUAUGAGAUAGUACUCAGAAGCACAUUUGUUGAGCAACGCCCAGUUACGGUUGUGAUACGGUUGCCAGAGUUAUGUUCGGUGUUGUUUAGCAAUGCCGUUAAAGGCAUUAUGUCGACCCUUAGUUUAUUAUUACUCGGUAUUCUUAAUUAUACAGCUCGUAGCAAUGCCGUUGGCGACAAACAUCAUAAUAGUAAAAAUAAAAAGUUAUUUUAUCCCUUUUUUCGAUGUAUCGUUUUACACGCUUACGGUGCAAUCCAGUGAUAUUUGUCGGUGAACGUUCAAACGAUCAGGAGAGACAUAAAACCGAAAUUAAUCAGAUAAAUCGCCAAAUUAGUUAAAACUCGUUCCGCCGUCUCGAUGUCAUGUCCGCAAUCAUUUACCAACCACAGUUAUUUAUCUGCCCGGUAAAUAACUCUGACCUUAAUGUCGUCUAUGGGUAUGAAAAAGGGUUAGGAAUGUGUUAAGUCGAUAACGGCGGUUUCGGUUUUUUCGGCUCUGCGUACAGUUUAUAUACGAUGUGUAAGAUACCCCCUGUGUACCAAUUCCACGAUGAUCCCUUUCUGGAGCACGAGCUACUUGUCCGAUGGUCACGUUAAGGGUAACUCGGGCCAAGAAGACCCGUGAAGACGUGUUAACGGUCGGAAAAAAGGGAAAUGAGACAGAUACAGUUUUGGAUGUUCAACAUAAUACAGCAAUAAUAAUAAUCUGGUUGGCAAGAAAAGGGUCCCGUGAUGUUACGGUAUUGUGCGUGUCCGAACGGGUCUAAGACGUACAGGGUAAAUCUUUCUAAAAGAGAUGGAAAAAAAUUAUGCGAUGCGAUACGGGAGAGGUGUGGGGUAUUGGCGGUCAUGGGCGAGGGCGUUGGUUUUUUGGGCGCAGGUGUUGUUUGGUGUGUGCGAGGGUCGUCCGCGUAUGCCAUCUGCCGCCCUUGCCAUGGGAUCGCUAGAAUCCAUCGUUUCUCACGGUCCGCGCGCAACAACCCAACGACACAACCGCAUCUGCUAGCACCUGCCUAUCUGCGGGUCACCCUCCUAUAUAAGCGCCCUUGGACCGUUCCAUUGGCAUCAGUCUGCAUUCGAACUGCCUAUCGUUCACAACCACAUUUUCUAAACGUUUUUACUCGCUUCGCCGUCUCAUCACUGUGCUAGCGUUAGUGUUGUGCGUGCUCUCUGCAAAUCAGUGCGACUACUUUUAUCGUUUUUCAAUUGUCUUAUCAUUGAAAUAAACACAGCCAUGGCUUACUUAUCAAACAGUUUCGACUUCGAACACUUGCAAAACUCAACCAACUGGGAAGUGAUUCAGAAAAAACGCUCUUUCGUCUCAAGAAAAGUGCACAAAAUCAAUAAGGUAAUAAAACCAAUUAUUCGUGCACUUUGCCGCCGCAACGCGGUCACUCCAGUUCAAGGCUCAGCCCUCGAUCCACGGGGCCUGUCACCGGAAGAACUCGAGAACCUUCAAAACGAGUACAUCGAACGGAAACUAUCUCAAGCCGUUGUGUACGACGAAGAUGACUAUUACUCAGAUACCGUUAGCAUCGAGUCCGGUUUGGGCCUAUCAUUCGAAGAGCUCAGACAACCCGAACAGCAAUUACUGUCACUGUUGCCCGAAGCCCACUACUAUAUGUCAAGGGACUUCUGGUUCGAAUCCGACAUCAGAACCUUGGGACAGCCUUCAUUCACCAGACAACAAAUGGCCCAGAGGCAACAACCGUACGUACAUUAAUAACGCAAUAAUUUGUUGUUGUGGUUGUUUUGUUUUCGUUGUGAUAACCCAUUGGUCUUUCAAUUGCUCAAUUAUUAUUAGAUUUUUAAAUAUAAUGUUUUUUUAGCGUAUUGCUCUGACAAUACGAGAUCUCUUUUAUAAAAGAAUAAUAUUUUAUAUUUUUAUAUUGUAAGACUUUACCACCUCGAUGUGUUCUAGUACAAAUUUAUUAUUAUAUAAACGAUACUAUUUGCUUAUAUUUUUAUAUGUAUAUUUAAACGAUAAAUACGCCUUGCUAGACUUUAAACAAUGUAUUUUAAAUGCAUUAUCUUAUAAUGACUUUUCUUGCUAUAAAAAAAUGAAUUUGUAUUUUUUUCCAUGAUACUAUAUUUACAUUAUUAUUUAAGUUUGUGAUAAUAUUUAAUUGUUUUUUAACGGCGUUUCUGUGAUUGUUUGAA